CUAAAGCCCAGCGGCGGCGUGCUUUACACCACUGCAUCUGCCGCUUUACAUUGCACUUGGUGAUGUAAGGCUUGGAUACAGCUGCACGGCCAUGGAAACACAUUCCAUGAAGAUCACUACACACUGUUGUUGUGUUAAUCUGAAGGCCACAUGUAGUUUAGCGCGCUCUACGCGUUACUCCACGAUAUCACGUGGCUUCAUCAGGAUAGACUAUCCUACACUUCAGCAUGUGCUGACCCCGCUCUGUUAUUUUACAUGGUCUACCACUUUGUGGCUGAGUUGCUGUUGUUCCAAGGUGCUUCCACUUUGUUAUAAUACCACUAACAGUUGAUCAUGGAAUAUUUAGUAACAAGGAAAUUUCAUGGAUGGAUGUUUUGCACAGGUGGCAACCUAUCACGGUACCAUGCUUGAAUUCACUGCGCUCCUGAGAGCAACCCAUUCUUUCACAAAUGUUUGUAGAAGUCGUCGGCAUGCUUAGGUGCUUGCUUUUAUACACCUGUGGCCAUGGAGGUGAUUGGAACACCUGAAUCCAAUGAUUUGAAGGCGCAUCCCAAUACUUUUGGCAAUACAGUGUAUAUUUUGAG